AUGGCCACUGGAACAGACGGUACUGUGAAAUGUCGUUUGAUUUAUUGUGAUAAAGGUCCCAUCGGAAAGGAGGACGGACACGCGGAUGUCAGGGCAUAUGCUGUUCCAAAAAGCAAAAGAUCAGGUUUCCUUGUUAAUUGGAAUGACGAAGGAUUUGCAACGUUCCACACAGAAUGUUGGUUUGCCUUGCGUGGGCUAUAUAAGGACAAGGAAUCACCUCUAACAAAGGACGAAAAAGAGAUGGUGAAAGAGGCUGCAAAGACAGUAGAAAUCCAUGACUCGUGCGCAAAAUUUGAACAGGAAGCAGACCACAUAGUCAGCCUGAUAAAAAAUGCAGACUAUUGCAUAGCGUUUACAGGAGCUGGUAUUUCCACCGCGGCAGGUAUCGGGGAUUUCCGAGGAAUUCAGGGCAAAUGGACAGAAAAAGACAAAGUCCAAGAGCAUGGAAGCAAGGGGAGAUCUAAGAGAGAAAUACAAGACGUUCAAAAGCUCCGUCCAACUUACACACACGAGGCUUUAUUCAAACUAAUAGAAAUGGGAAAUUUAAAGCAUGUGAUCAGUCAAAAUGUUGAUGGACUGCAUCGACUGUCUGGACUUGAAGAAAGUCAGAUAACAGAAUUGCAUGGCAAUAUGUUUGUCGAAAAAUGUGAAAAGUGCAAAAAACGGUAUGAAAGAAAUUUCAGAUGCAAUGGAAAAUCUACCAAAGUUCCCGUCAAUAUCUGCAAGCAAUGCCGAAUUAAUCAUCGGACUGGUCGUUCCUGUAGUGAAAAGAAGUGUACCGGAUACUUGAUGAACACCAUUAUAAACUUCGGGGAUUAUCUAGAGGUAAACGUGUUCAGAAGCGGCGUAGAACAAGCAUCGCGCGCUGAUCUGGUUUUGGCACUCGGGACGACACUUAAGGUGUUUCCAGCAAACGAGAUGGUGAAGAUGGGUAAACGCCCAACGCGUUUAAUCAUUUGCAACAGACAAGUGACUGAUUUUGAUGAAACUUGUUUGAAAGUGGAUGAUGAUGAAGUUCCAUACGGAUCAAGGGUCUUCGGAGACUGUGAUAAAUUAAUGCGAGAAGUAAUGAAACGUAUUCUUCCAGAAGAGGAGUUGUCAAAAUGGGAACAAGACAGAGAUGUCAGAAUGCUGACAUACGACACAAAACGAAAAUUGUAGAACAGGAAAAACAUUAAAUAUUCUUUGAUUCAUCUGUAUUAGAUACAAACUCAAACAGGAUGGAGAAAUUUAAAAAUUGCAUCUUAUCAGUUAAAUUUGACUCUACAUGUAUACUACAAUAAAAUGCGUAUGGUGAAUUCAAAUAAGACCAAAGAAAUUAUAUACAAAAGUAUGUGAUAAUAUUAAAGGAAAUUCAAUCAAAGAACAGACUACCUCCAGCGGAUUCAAUUUACUUAUACAUGUAUGUGCUAAAAAUAUGUAGACAGUUGUGUACAUAUAUCCGGGAGUUGUUCGAGUCAAAAUAAAUAAUGGUAAAAUACUACUACACUUUGAUGAUUGUAAAAUGAAUGUAAUUAAUAUAUAUUAUUUGCUGUUUUAUACAUUUAUUCAGUGAGCAGCCAUACUGCAGAAAAAAAGUCAUAAUACACAAACGCGUUCUUCCAUUAUUUGACAGAGUUUGUCCACUUAUAGCUAAUAAAUU